AUGAGGGGCGACAGAGGCCGCGGUCGUGGCGGGCGCUUUGGUUCCAGAGGAGGCCCAGGAGGAGGGUUCAGGCCCUUCGUGCCACACAUCCCAUUUGAUUUUUAUUUGUGUGAAAUGGCCUUCCCUCGGGUUAAGCCAGCAGCUGAUGAAUCUUCCUUCAGUGAGGCAUUGCUGAAAAGAAAUCAGGACCUUGCUCCUAAUUCUGCUGAACAGGCCUCUAUCCUUUCUCUGGUGACAAAAAUAAACAAUGUGAUUGACAAUUUGAUUGUGGCUCCAGGGACAUUUGAAGUGCAAAUUGAAGAAGUGCGACAGGUUGGAUCAUAUAAAAAGGGAACAAUGACUACAGGACAUAAUGUGGCUGACCUGGUGGUAAUCCUCAAGAUUUUGCCAACAUUGGAAGCUGUGGCUGCCCUGGGGAACAAAGUCGUGGAAAGCCUCAGAGCACAGGAUCCUUCUGAAGUUUUGACCAUGCUGACCAACGAAACUGGCUUUGAGAUCAGUUCUUCUGAUGCAACAGUGAAGAUUCUCAUUACAACAGUGCCACCCAAUCUCCGAAAACUGGAUCCAGAACUCCAUUUGGACAUCAAGGUGUUGCAGAGUGCCUUAGCGGCCAUCCGACAUGCUCGCUGGUUUGAAGAAAACGCUUCUCAGUCUACAGUUAAAGUUCUCAUCAGACUUCUGAAGGACCUGAGGAUUCGUUUUCCUGGCUUUGAGCCCCUCACACCCUGGAUCCUUGACCUACUCGGGCACUAUGCCGUGAUGAACAACCCCACCAGACAGCCUCUGGCCCUUAAUGUGGCAUACAGGCGUUGCUUGCAGAUUCUGGCUGCAGGACUGUUCUUGCCAGGGUCCAUGGGCAUCACAGACCCCUGUGAGAGUGGCAACUUCAGAGUACACACAGUCAUGACCUUAGAACAGCAGGACAUGGUCUGCUACACAGCCCAGACUCUGGUCCGAAUCCUCUCACAUGGUGGCUUUAGGAAGAUCCUUGGCCAGGAGGGUGAUGCCAGCUAUCUUGCUUCUGAAAUAACUACUUGGGAUGGAGUGAUAGUGACACCUUCAGAAAAGGCUUAUGAGAAACCACCGGAGAAGAAGGAAGGAGAGGAAGAGGAGGAGAAUACAGAAGAACCACCUCAAGGAGAGGAGGAGGAAAGCAUGGAGACUCAGGAGUGA